CCGCGCAACUUCAACCCUUAAAAUUAUACCUGCUCUCAGAGCUUUUUUGUGGACGCGAAGUUUUAAUAACUUGUGAUUUUCAUUUAAUAAAUUAUUUUAUUUUUUUUUCAUACAUUAAUACUAAGUUUAAUGACAAUUUUACGGGAUCUUUAAAAUUUUUUUCUGCAAUAUUGUGACAAACUAUAUGUUAUAAAAACAAUAUAAAUUUUGGGUCAGAACAGUUUCAAUAGACUUUUGAUGUAGAUUUUUUAUCAUGCAUCAAAUCAUUUUUGUGCUACUCCUAUUACUCUUCAGAGUGAGUAAUGGCAUUCAAAUGUUUGAAGAAACACCACAGUAUACAGAAAUAAACCCAGGAGAAGAUGCGAAACUUAUUUGUCGUGUUUUAGGCAAACGUGGGUUAUGCAUAUGGCAAAAAGACCAAAAGCCAAUUGGAAUGCACUUAAAAAAAUACGAGUGGGUUGCUUCGCCGGAUUUAGGUGACUGUUCACUUUGGGUAAGAUCUGCAACCCUUGAGUUUGAUGAUGGAUUAUGGCAGUGCCAAGUUACGGCCAGUGAUUUUACUACCCAAGAUGCACUGGCGUCAGAACCAGCUAGACUUGUAGUCAGAGUCAGCCCUCAGCGUCCACAGAUAGAGUAUGCUGGUGCUGUAAUUCUACCGGGUGGCAACGUGACAGCUCGAGCAGGUGAGAUUGCUACGCUCACUUGCACUGCUCGCUAUGGGAAUCCUCCGCCUCUAAUUAAAUGGUAUCUGAGAGACACGGAGUUGCGAACCACAAGGCCACAGGUAAAUGCCACAGAGAUUGAUAAUCCACGAACGUGGUCCACCCGGAGUGUUUGCGAUAUUGAGGCUGAUCGUUCGAGAUAUGGUCAUCUGAUUCGAUGUGAAGCCAAUCAUCCAGCGUAUCCUACUAAAACUUCAAAUGUUGAAGUACGAUUCGAUGUUACAUAUGCACCAGAAACACGUUUGGUUGGAGUACCAGUAGGGCCAUUAGAGGAAGGCCGAGAUAAAUUGGAAAUACGAUGCCUAGCAAAUGCAAAUCCAACAGCAUCAAUUCUAUGGAAACGCAUAAAAGGCGCAGAUAUGGAAGUUGUUGGUAUCGGUGAAGCUUUGAUGUAUUCACCGGUUCAUAGAAAUCAUGCUGCGACCUAUGUCUGUUCGGCAUCCAAUACCGAGGGUGAAAGUAGCCCAGUUUCCGUUCAAAUAUCCGUUAAUUAUCCACCAAAAAUAGACUCCGUUGGACCGGAUCGAUUAUCAACGGCUUUACUUUAUUCCGGUGCUUCAUUUGAAUGUAACGCUGAUGCUAUGCCACCCGCUGAAUACAGAUGGGAACAAGUGUUUACUGAUGGAAGGCCUCCAGCUGAAUGUGGGAAAGGUCAACGUUUAAUCCUAACAAAUGUAACUUAUCAGCAACAGGGUCAAUAUAUAUGUCUAGCAUCCAAUACGAUAAAUGGUAAAGUUCGUGAAGUGAAAAGUAUUCCAGUAUCUUUGGAAGUUGUCGGAGCUCCAAGGGUAGUGAAGCCACUAAGUACUGAGAAAUACAUCGUAUCAACAACUGAAGGGAGUCCUGCCAGAUUGGAAAUUAGAUUGUGUUCAAAUCCAAAGCCGCGGCUGGUCGCCUGGGAAUGGGGAAGCACGAGACUCCAUGCCGGUGAAGUAUUGGAGUCUAGGUACAGAGCAUUAGAUUUAGAACCACUGCCAUCGGAAGAUUGUUUUAUUGCAACUUUAGAAUUAACUAGUACUGUUAAAGAGGAUCAAAGACUUUAUUAUGUAAUCGUUGAAAACGAUCGUGGAAGUGAUAGACGGACAUUAAUGUUACGAGUAGACGAACCAGGCCAGAUACCGCUCGUUAUUGGCGCAGUAGCGGGAUUCACCGUUCUCUCGGUUUUGAUAAUGGGUUUCAUUUGUUUCCUUCGUUCAGAUAGAUGUUGCGUCUCCAGAAACACUGGCCCGACGCUUCAGCAAGUUCACUGUACAAAAGCGUCAAAUGCAAUGAUAGAAGAUCCAAGACUGAGUGUAGAACCAAUGGAACGAGCGAGAGAACAAUUUACAUCAGAGAAACGUCAGAAUCAUGUACUGAAACCAGUACCAACUCAACAAUAUCAACAAGACUGUUAUCAACUAAAUCGACAUGAACCAUUACACGAGCCACAUUAUCAGAGGCAUCAUCACCACAGCCAACAACUUCAUGGACCUCAGUAUACACUUCAGCGUGGAACUGGGCUCAAGACCGAAAGACUGACCGAUUCUAAUUCAAUCCGGAAUGUUUCGCGACCUCGUUACAGGACCUAGAUGGGGUAGCCCCGAAAUACAAUAAGAAUGCCAAACUCAGAAGCUAUAUAAUUGUAUUGUUAUUUAAGGGAAUGAAAGCUCAAGCCUGCCUGUGACGCUCACCGAAUAAGUGUGAUUCCUCAAUGACUAAUUAUUACAAUGUAAUAAAUAAUCAAAUUAAAAAUAAAUGAAUAAAAAUUAAAAUUACAUAUAUUAUAAAUAUAAAUAUAUAAAUAUAAAUAUAAAUAUAAAUUAAUCGUGAAGAGUGAUAAAUAAUAAGUUUAAAUGAUAUAUUUGCGGGAACAUUUUCAAGCUUUGUAU